AUGCAACGCCAUUACCGUAUAAACAAACAGACUUGCCAUUUUGAACUUAUUCAUGAGCGCAAUUGUUUUUCUUCGGAUGAUGGAGGAGGAGGAGGUAGGCUUUUCACUAGUAUUGCCUCUUCUCCUGCUGCUGCUCGUGAUGGCAUUGACACCGGCAGCGGCGGCAGCAGCAGCUGGUGUGACUGCAAGUGUGCAGUGAGAUGCUCCAAGUCCGGUCGGAAGGAACGGUGCCUCAAGUAUUGUGGCAUCUGCUGCGAAAAGUGUCACUGUGUUCCUUCUGGAACUUUCGGAAACAAAGAUGAGUGUCCUUGCUAUAGGGACAUGAAGAACUCUAAGGGCAAGCCUAAGUGCCCCUAA